AAGAAAGACACAGGAAGUGACAGCCAGCUGCAUUUGACAACGAGGACAACACAACAUCCAUGGGAGACAGAGGCUGAGUGUUGGAGCUGAGUCCUGUCCGCCGGGCUGCUUGCUGCUCCGGGAAGACUCGUGGGUGUCGCUCCGCCGCCGGCCGCUCGUCAGGGCAGCGACAUGGCGUGUCCCCUCUCCUUGUCCUCGCUGGGGCUCCUGGUGCCGCCGCUGCGUGUCAUGUCCGCCGUGAUGUGGGAGGUGGUUCGGCUCAGAAACAUAAAGCAUUAUGGGAAAGUGGAGGAGUUUGUGUCCCUGGUGACUGAAGCCAUCCCUGACAUCCUGACCAACAGACAGAUGAGGCUGCUCACUCUGGGUCUGAGAGCAAAGAUGACUUUGCAGCUGUUAAGCUCCGAGCGCUCGGAGGAUCUCAGAAGUGUUAAAACACACUUGGACAACCUCCAGCCAUCCUGCUCAAAACAGGUUCACACGGGAAACGAGGCUCUCGAGGAAAACUUCGUCAGGCUUGUUCAGAGAUUUCUGGAAGACCCAGAGGAGAGAGAGCACUUCCUCAAGAAUGUGUUUCCUGUGGAGUACGGCCCCGACUUCGAUGCAGCACUGGAGACGAUCGUUUCUGAGUUUUUCACCAGACUGGAGAAGCUGCUGCCAAUACCAGACUUCAAGCAGACCGCAGAGCUGAUCAGCGGCAUACCGUCUGUGCCGGAGGAGUACAUGCAGUGCGCAUCCAGAGCAGACGACCUCAAAGUGCUGCUCAAAAACAAGACAUGCAUCGGUGAACUCGGCAAGAUCGAUGCCAGUGCGCCCUGUCCCUCAGAGCAGCGCCUCUUCAUGUCUUUAUCUCUCCCCUCGUCAAUGAGAGAGACGAACACUUCCUGCCAGACCAGCUGUAAUCCAGACGGCUGCUGUAACCAUGGGAACACUCCAGAUGUGCAAACGGAAGCUGACGCAGAACCGUCGGAGAGCCAAAGAGGACCUGAAGGGAAUUCUCUGCAGGAGGUGGGAGGUUUGGGGAUGCGGGAUGCAAAAUGGCCGUCUGGGGAGGAAACGCAGACUCAGGACGCCGACGUUGCUGAGCAGCCAACAGUGGGAGAAAAAUGCAGCGACAGUGUUGCCGAUCUCAACAUCGUGGUGUGCGAUGACCAAACCCCAGCCAACUCCCUCGCUCCCUGCACCUCCUCAGAGUGUCCCGUGUCCUCCAGCUCCAUGUGUGUUCCCCCACGGCAGCGGAUCGCACACAAAUGCACCCACUGCGGGAAAUGCUACAUCUACCGCUAUGAACUGCUGGAGCACCAGAGGCUCCACACGGGAGAAAACCCUUACAAGUGCUCUCAGUGUGGGAAGGCCUUCCGGAGGACGUCGGACCUGUCCACUCACAGGCGGACGCAGUGCACAAAAGCAGCUUACAUUUGCAUCAAAUGCGGGAACCAUUUUGAGUCCAUACAGGACAAGUUUAGACACCAGUGCAUCAAGCAGGUCCAGAAGUUUGACUGCGCCCAGUGUGGAAAAAGCUUCAAGAAAAUGUACUUGCUGGGAAAGCACCAGAUUACCCACACGCAGAACCGGAUUUUUAAGUGCAGGCAGUGCGGGGAGGCGUACCCCAGCAUGAGCGAGCUGAGAACCCACCAGAAGAUUCACCCGCCCGAACAGUCCAACCAGUGCAUGCAGUGCGGGAAGUUCUUCAGCUCGGUCGCGUGUCUGACCGCCCACGAGCUGCGUCACAAUCAGCAGAAAACGGAGAUCUGCGUGCGCUGCGGCAAAGCCUUCAAGAACAAACACGACCUGAACCUGCACAUGCGCAGUCACACGGGCGAGAGGCCGUUUCAGUGCACGUACUGCGGGAAGCGUUUCUCCGUGUCCGGAAAUCUGAACAUACACAUACGGACGCACACGGGGGAGAAACCGUACCUGUGCUCCGACUGCGGCAAGGCUUUUGUCUCGGCCGGGGAGCUGCAGAUACACAGACGCACCCACACGGGGGAGAAGCCGUACAAAUGCACCGUGUGCGGCAGAGGAUUCACCAUGGCGAGCAAACUGACCCUCCACAUGCGCGUUCACACCGGGGAGCGGCCCUACGUCUGCUCUGAGUGCGGGAAAGGUUUUUCACGUGGCAGCGAACUGAAAAAACACACAAUGAACCAUUCAGGUGUUAGACCGUAUGCCUGCCAGCUGUGUGCAAAGACUUACACCUGCCUCAAUCACCUGAAGAGGCACCUGAAAACCCACAGCGUCGUCCACUCCAUGUGACAGCACUGAUUUUCACAGCCCCAGCAGGGUUUGGCGAGUCAUGGCGAGCAGGUUGUCAAAUGUCAUGAUUAUGGUGUUGAUAUUUGCCUCAGUUACUUCAUCGGUUGAGCACCGGCCUUCACUGUUUCAGAGAUUGUUGUUUUGUAUUCAAAAUAACUGAUUUUCUUGUUAUACAAAAAUUUGUUCUGGCUUACAAAUUGUUGGGCGGCUCAUGUAAUCGUGAUAUUUUCUGUCAAAUUUCUCCAUUGUCUCAAAUUAAUCGCAUCUUUUUUUGUGUGUGUGUGUGUGUGUGUGUGUGUGUGUGUGUGUGUGUGUGUGUGUGUGUGUGUGUGUGUGUGUGUGUGGUCAUCGGUUUACAUUUCCACUGUCAGUUGCUGUUCUGAAUCAUUCCAGUUAUUCCAGAAAUGAUUUCUCUAUCAGUGUUGUGCAGUGUUAAUAUUCUGUAAAUACUGAAUAAAUCUCCUGGGUUCACAGUAAAAAUGUCAGAGUGCU